AUGCGAAAGAGAAGGUAUUGUGGCUUACCCGCUAAAAAGGGUAAUCAGUAUUGCGGGGAACAUUUGAAUUGUGGUCAAGAGGGUGAUGUGGAUAACAAAAGAAUACCUUGUCCUUAUGAUAAUUCACAUACGAUAUUUGAAAAGGAUCUCGAACAUCACAUGAAAAACAAAUGUAAUUCUCGUCCUCGAGAACAGCCAUCUUGUUAUGCUUUAAAUGUCAAUUGUACUUUACCCCUUUCUGCAGAAGAACUCGAAUUUCAAAAAAAGAUUUAUUCUCAUCAAAAAUUACAUGUUCAGCCAUGGUUAGCUCGAGUGAAAUUGCAGGAAUUGAGUAGAGAAGAAUUAAAUGGGCUGAUUGAUAAAGUUAUCAAGAUCCAUGAUCAAUUAGUGCCUCCUAUUCCUAUGGAAAUAUUGACACAUCCUUCUACUGAACUAAAGAGAACGACAGUGACAAACACAAAACAUUUGGAUCAAUUGUCUUCUUUGAUGGGCCAUAUGGAACAAAGUGGUAUGCUAAAAGACAAGACAGCUUGUUUUGUCGAAUUUGGUGCGGGCAAAGGUGAUCUCUCUGCUUAUGUCAAGCGAGCUGUGAAUGAAGAGAACGGAGAAGCCACUUAUCUCUUGCUCGACAGAAAAAGCGUACGCAACAAGGUAGAUCAGACAUUACUGGGUCAAUCUGAACACAAGUCUCGCGUACAACGUCAAUUGAUCGAUAUUAAAGACUUGGAUCUAUCCAAAGUAGAAUGUAUUGCAGACAAUCAAAAGAAAGUAGUGGCUGUCUCCAAGCAUUUAUGUGGAUGUGCUACUGAUAUCACACUCAAGUGCCUAAUGAACUAUGUUCAACAUGAAGAAACACAGGGACACACUGAACCUAUCUCGGGUAUUAUUAUUGCUAUUUGUUGUCAUCAACUCUGUCGUUAUGAAAUGUAUCCAAACACAAGUUAUUUAGACUCGCUUGGCUUGACAAAGACUGAAUUUGAAAGAAUGAGUAAAAUGAGUAGUUGGGCCACCUGUAGUAAAAUCAAAGAAAAUCAAGACGAACAUGCAAACCAAGAUGAAGAAGAAGAAGAGGAAGAAGAAGAUGCAACCACCCAUCAUUUUUCUGGUAGAGAUCAUAAAGAACGUACUGCUAUUGGUUUAAAAUGCAAGCGUGUGCUGGAUAUGGGUCGUGUUCAGUACUUGGAGCAAUUUGGAUUUGAUGUCAGAUUGACUUAUUAUGUUGAUCUGACAACAAGUUUAGAAAACUGUGCAUUGAUUGCUACACCUAAAAAAUAA